GUAAUGUCAACUGGUUUUCUGUCCCCGUCAACCAGUGUACCAAAUUCUACUUUUCCCUUUCGCGCGUCAUCAAUCUUCAAUCUUCCUUCAACUCGCAUCCGUAGAGAAUAUUUUGGCACACAGAGAACAAGGGGAUCAGUUUUAACCAUCAUCAUCCCCAUUUUCCACGAGCGGCUACUAUACUCAACAAACAAUAAUUUCUAAGCGUGUCCAAAAAUAAAUAUCUCCUCUAUAUAAUUUGCGAUGAUGUGAAUUUAGAAAAAAGAAGGAACCACUUCAUAUAUUUCAUAUUACGUUCCAGUCAAUCGCUGAUGAAAGCUGGAUUUUUAUAAGAAAAAUCAAGAAAGGUUAGAUUGAACAAGAAAAAAAAAUAGAGCAAAAUAGAAAAAAACUGGAAAACUGGUCGGAGAACUUACUUCUUUAUUAGUAUCCAGCGCAUUUUCAAUUUUCCUAGCAGCUCAGAGAACUCUUUUGGCUCUUUGUUCAAAUUACCCCCCGGGCUCAUUUAUUUUUCAACUUAGCCCAAUUCCAACUCUGCCCUGCGAAAAGAGAGGAAAUCCCGCUACCUGACCACCACCCCCCCCCCUCUCUUUUUGGCUUGUGACGCUGGGCUGUAAUCUAAUUCGCAUUCCCCCUCAUUCACUCUUAAUCCGGCGGUCUCUCUGGCUCUCGUCUACUGUAACCGGAUCUGAGGAGAACCCCCAUCAGGAAAACCCUCGAGACCAGCGAACUGGAGAAGAGGAAAUUUAACACUGCAACUGCUGCCGGCUAGAAAUAUACUCUGGAAGAGAUAGCCAGUCAAAACAGGAACAAAGGCACUUCAGAAUUGUCGAAAAAUAUUUCACAAUGAAGCGAAGAGCGGCCGAAAGCAAGGAGACUAAAGAGGACUCGGCGCUUAAGGAGGAACCGCCAGCCGAUGUCACCCCAUCUGACUCUAAAGAGAGCGGCGAGGAAAACAAGAUGAAUCAAGAACCUCCAGGGAAGCCCUCAGAUGGCGGCAGUUCUUCGGAAGACUCCGGAACUAGCGGGAAACCCUCAGCAGAAGGGUCAGAGGGUGGAGAACCAAAGCCGGAGAGUAGUGGUAGCACGAAAGAGUCUACGUCCUCUAAGAUUCUAGAUGUGGGGGAGCAUGUUGGCAAGGGUUUAGAGGAAUUAGGAAGCGGAAGUGUGAAAUUGACAGAAAAGGAGACAGGGUUGCCAGGAGCUGCAGUCGUUGCCAUAUUCUUAGUGGUCGGCCUGGUGCUGCUAGUUGGCAUGUACUUGGUGUGCACCAAGUUCCUCUGCAAGAGGAAGGGGAAGAAGGGUAAGAAGGGGGAGAAGAAGGGACUGCUGGGGAAGGCGGGGGACUUCGGAGGAAAAGACGACAGCAAACACGACGAGGAGGAGGGCAAGGAGGAGGAGGAAGAAGAGGAGGAGGAGGGGAAAGCGGAAGAAAAGCAGUACCUGGGAAGGCUGAGCUACUCUAUAGACUAUGAGUUCCAGAAGGGGGAACUAACAGUGGGAAUCAUCUCAGCCAGUGAUCUGGUCGGAAUGGAUAUGAGCGGAACAUCCGACCCAUACGUCAAGGUGUUUCUGAUGCCAGACAAGAAGAAGAAGUUUGAGACUAAAGUGCACAGGAAGACUCUAAAUCCGAUCUUCAAUGAGACAUUCACUUUCAAAGUGCCCUUCGCAGAGAUAGCAGGACAGACGCUGAUGAUGGCAGUCUACGAUUUCGACCGGUUCUCUAAACACGACAUGAUUGGCAAUGUCAAGAUCCCAUUGAACUCUGUUGACCUUGGGAGUACUAUUGAGGAUACGAAGGAACUGCAGCCACCUGAUGAUGACAAGGAGUACCUCGGAGAUCUUUGCUUCUCGUUGCGAUUCGUGCCCAAAGCGGGCAAACUCACUGUCAACGUCCUGGAGGCCAAGAACUUGAAAAAGAUGGACGUUGGAGGACUUUCGGAUCCCUUCGUCAAGAUAGAACUCAUGCAAAACGGGAAAAGAGUCAAAAAGAAGAAGACUACGAUUAAGAAACGAACCCUGAACCCUUAUUUCAACGAGAGUUUUCUCUUUGAAGUGCCAUUCGAACAAAUAACCAAAACGGAUCUAAAAAUCACAGUGUUCGACUACGAUAAACUGGGAUCAAAUGAUGCCAUUGGAGGUAUAGAUGUCGGCUAUGGAGCAUCGGGAGCUGGAUUAAGGCACUGGACCGAUAUGAUUAAUGCACCGAGACGACCGAUUGCACAGUGGCAUACGCUGCAAGAAGUAGAAGAAAAGUAAACGCGUUGCAUCCACACCCGCUCCAUACACUCACACUGCCCCCAACCCGCAGCCGCCCCUACCCCCGCCCGCUUCCAGCGCCCGAGUCCAGACCUUCGGUUCCCAAACAGGCAUAAUUCCAAGCCUAGAUGUUUGAAAAAAAACAUAUAGAUCAAUUAAUUCAAAUCAUCUUAGCACUGGAACCCAAAUUACACCAUAAGCAUUCAAAAUCAAAACCACUGAGCGCUAAUUGUCCCACUUUUUCAGUUUAUUUUUUGUUUCUGUUCCAAAUCAUUUUUGAUAGAAGAGCUUACAAUCUUGAGAGUAUAAUGCCUCAAAUUUAACGAAAGCAAGUUUAAAAUCAGGGGCGGAUUUAGGAUUUUCUCGAGGAUGGAAGGGUGCCUAAAUCCGCCCCUGACUUAAAAGUAAGAGAAAGUUGUUUCCACAAUUUUUUUUAAAAAUUCAUUAGCACUGUUCAAACUAUUGUCAUGUUGUACGUAUUUUUGUCCCAUUGAAUCACUAAACCUCGAGUGCGUUUGAAAAACUGUAUUGGCCAAUUAUAUUUAUAUUUCACUUUUUAAGUCCAGUAUUAUAUGACAUGUAACAAUGUUUAAAUUUCAUAAUUGAGAUUUCAAUUUCAAUUUAUUAUUUGAAAAUGAUAAUUAGUUCUCUGAUUGGAAUUCGAAAUGAUGUUGAUUCAAAAGUGGUGUUUAAUAACUGUAGCCAUAAUUCGUUAAUAUAUAUCUUUUGUUUUGUGCUUGAAACAGUAAUCUAAUUCAUUAAAAUACAGAAACGUUCUCAAUUUGUAUGUGUUUUUUAAAUCAGUAGAAUGAUCUUGGAACUAAAAUUUCCACUU